AUGGUCACAAAUUCUCAGGAUAUUCCUGCACAACCUCCACAAGCAGACACGGACGACUCAUCUUUGAGCGCUCAUCUCUGGUUUCCAGAGCCAGAAGCUCAAGAACAAGCUAUUGCUAUACCUCAGGCGUCCAGUUCAUCUUCACAAUUGAGGGAUCGUUUGUAUAUUGGAAAUUUACAUCCUACCGUCGAUGAAUAUGCGCUUCUACAGGUCUUCACCAAGUUCGGCAAAGUAUCGAAACUUGACUUCCUCUUUCACAAGACGGGGCCAAACAAAGGAAAGCCGCGUGGAUAUGCCUUCAUACAAUAUUUGCACGAAGGUGAUGCCCAGACGGCAUUAGAAAACAUCAAUGGGAAGCUAUUGCGGGGUCGUAAGCUGGCUGUCACUUUUGCUUAUCAAGCUCCGCUCGAACAGCCCAGUGGAAGUCGACAAGUGGGUAGGGCGAGAAGAAUUGAUGCGCGACCGACUACUCUGAGUAUGAUAAAAAGUGGAAUCCAUGCUCGGUCAGAAGGUACGGAUAACAAGAUUGCGACGAUGGAGGCAAAGUUACGCCAGAUGGAAUCAAGCACCACCAAUUCGUUCAAUUCGUUGCCACCAAAACCACCGCCAUCGGCUGCGUUAUUAAGUUCGGCCUCAAGGCAGUGUCUUGGUUUGAAGGGUUCUCUCUCUUCCAGAAAUCCCGCAGGCCCAACCGUUCGACGUCUUACUGCCCGCGUGGAACCUAUUGAUAUAGGGCUUUCUGCGGACGGUAAUAGCACACCUUCAGCAUCGCUACCGACACUCAAUACUCAACCAGAAGUCGCCAAGCCAUCCAUGUCUUGUAGACGCAUGUUACCUGGUGUGAAGAUAAUCAAAGAACGUAGUAAAUGA